GAGGUCCUGGGUGCCCCCAGCAGCCGGUGGAUGCAGCAGUGGGGUGCUGGCACUGGGGCACGUGGGGUGCUGCGCCCCGGGGGCGCUGGGUCUCGGGGUGCCCACGUCCCCGGGGUGAGGUGGCGGUGGCGUCCCCAUGCUUCUCGCCGCCGUCGCCCCGUCCCCGCAGCGACCCGUCGCAGAGCGACCCCAGCACCAAGGACUUCUGGCUGAACAUGGCCGCGCUGACGGGGCACCUGCAGAAGCAGGCGGAGCAGAGCCCGGCCGCCUCCUACUACAACGUGGCUCUGCUCAAGUACCAGUUCUCACGGCUGGGUCCCAGCUCGGCGCCGCUGCGGCUGUGCGUGCGCUGGGACUGCUCGCCGGGCGCCACGCGGGUCAGCGUCGACUACGGCUACAACGCCGGCGCCCUCGCCCUGCCCGUGCCCCUCGCCAACGUCCACGUCCUGCUGCCCCUGGACGAGCCCGUCACCAACGUGCGGCUGCAGCCGGCUGCCAGCUGGAACCUGGAGGAGAAGAGGCUGCUCUGGAAGCUGCUGGACGUCCCCGGUGCGCCGGGGCAGGGAGGCAGCGGCCGGCUCUCGGCCAGCUGGGAGCCCCUGUGCGGGCCCAGCAAGCCCAGCCCCGUGGCGGCCCAGUUCAGCAGCGAGGGCAGCACGCUGUCGGGCGUCGAGGUGGAGCUGGCGAGCGCCGGCUACCGCAUGUCGCUGGUCAAGAAGAGGUUUGCUACGGGGAUCUACCUGGCGGGGUCCUGAGCUGCCUCCCGCUGGAGCCUCCGAGAGCCCCCCCGGGGGCUUCCCCCUUGGUUGUGUGAACUCAAAACACUGGACGAGGCUGGCGGGGAGGGGGCAUCCCCCUCCUCUUCCUCCUCCUCCUCCUCCUCUUCCUCCCCCCUCUGUGGCUGUAACCGCGUCGUCUCCUGCUGCCCGGCGGACGGACCCCGCCGCCCCCCCGUGCUGUGAAGGGAGCAGGAGCUGCUCUUUUAUUAAACACUUUAUUUUCUAA